CGAGGGGAUAGGGAGAGAAAACGAAUUCCCUCCUUAUCGAGCACAAAGAGGAAAAAGAAAGUGUGAGGGUACAAAGUUUCCCGCUAUUUAAGUGAAGCUAAGAAAAGAAGAGCCUUAGGGUUAGGUUUUUUCUUCUUCUAUUUUUUACGAUGGAGGAGGUCACAGAAGGAGUGAAUAACCUGGCAAUCUCCGAUUCGCACAAAAAGAACCGCAUUCAAGUCUCUAACACGAAGAAGCCCCUCUUCUUCUACGUCAACCUCGCGAAGAGGUACAUGCAGCAACACAAUGAGGUGGAGCUUUCCGCCCUCGGGAUGGCCAUUGCAACAGUAGUCACUAUUGCUGAGAUCCUGAAAAAUAAUGGACUGGCUGUUGAAAAGAAGAUCACAACAUCAACCGUUGAUAUGAAGGAUGAAUCCAGGGGGCGACCCAUCCAAAAGGCAAAGAUUGAGAUAUUACUGGCGAAGACUGAGAACUUUGAUGAAUUGAUGGCUGCUGCUGCUGAAGAGAGGGAUAUAGCUGAUGGUGAGGAGCAGAGCUGAUGGACAGAUGCUCACUUUGUUUGGGUUUGUUGUCCUUCAAUGUGCUGAUACUGGUAAAUGUGCUUUUAACGAUCAGUUUACUUGACUUGAGUGUCUGAGCGACGAUGGUCAUUUGAUGAGUAGCAGUAAGAAGAGUUUGGUAGAUGUGAUAAUAGUGGUGGGUUCUUCUGUAGAAACGAGAUUCGUACAUUCCUUGCCUAUUCAAAAUUCGAUUUUGUUAUUUUUGUCAUUCUUUUAGCUUAUUUUGUUUGAAGGAUACAAUUUUGUCUUUAGUGUUUAAUUUGUGGAUCUGCCUAUUUUGAGGCAGAAUUAGGAUUUGAUAUAGAUGAGAUGGUUUCCGUUCCCUUGGUUUUGGAUGCAUAUGAAGCGGGGUGAAGGAUGAUGCAUUAGGCUUUGUAUCAACCUGAGUUACAGUCUUGUUGAAGAGAGCA